GGUUGACGGACUUUGAACCACAGGACCACACGCCACAGGUCACUCACCGAUUGGUGCGUGUAUCCACUUGUAUGUGUCUGUCUUUCAAUGAGUGACAUCGUCGUCCAUGGGCCAGAGUGUCUUCUUCUCCAAUCCUACGUCGAUGCAAUGCAGUCUCGCCUCAUUUCAGACAGAUCAAAGGAAAAAGCUCGUCAGAAGGGGGUACACGCAGUCACGACAAUAGUGGCAAAAACUCCCCUUCCCUCCCCUGACCGGCCGGGCAUUCAUGCAUUCCUUCACCGGUGGGUUGGUGGAUGGAUGGAAACAAGGCGUCCGCAGACCAAGACACACACACACACACACAUCAUGACGAAUGAACGACCUACGUGAGCGGACAGGCAGCGGACAAGAAUCCCCGCCAUCCAUCCAUCCAUCCAUCGACCGUAAGGGGCGUAUCUGAGUAUCUGAGUAAACUGAGCCAUAUGUGUGUAUGUAUGUAUGCCAAAAAGGGUGGGCAGCGACGCAUGUCCGUCAACGCGUACACGGUGGCAAAAUGGAGUCCAAAAAGGGAAGCCAGGAAUGCAUGGGGGAAGCAACAAAAGUCAGGGAGGGAGGGGCUAGUCAGUCAACAAACUUCCGUCUAGGAUGUGUUGUGGGUAUGGUGGGCUUGUCUGUCUGUCUGUCUGUCUGUCUGUCUGUGUCUGUCUAUCCCGUGUUCUGGAUGCCGGAGGCGAUGGCCUUGAUGGCGACAAUGAGGGCGUCGUUGAUCUCCGCUGACUCAUCCCCAUUGCGGAUGCGCUUGAGGGUCUCAAUCUCGAUCAUGUGCAUCGGCGUCAGCCUGUUGGUCGGUCGAUACCACACACACAUGAUGAUGAUGUGCAGGUACGUUUGUCAGCCAUUGGUGGGGGCUUUGGAACGUACCAUGGCUUUCUGACGGUGAUGGCUCUUUGGGUGAUCUUGUCGUUGUCGAGGAACUCCUGCUCGCCCGUGACCUUCCUGACAUGCCUGCACACACACGCGGAGACCGACCAAAGCACAUGUGUUGUACUCGUGUAUGCCUUCCAUCCAUCCAUCCAUCCAUCGAUGUGUGCAUGCACUUGGAUGCCAGUGUGUGUGUUGUGGUGCACUCAGCUAGCUCACUCCAUGCAUUCGUCCAGCAGCGCCCUGAGCUCCUCGCCCAGCGGCUUCAGCUCCUCCGGCACCAACACCCUGUGCAUUCACACGCACACGUACCGCCACGAACACAAGAACGCAUCCUGGCUCAACUCUCUCUCUCUCUCGUUGCCGGUUAGCGUGCACACCUGUCGUAUUGUGCGGCGAUGCGGCUGUUGGCCUUGGCCAUGACCAUACCUGGACGCACACACGUUGCACCAUCCCCACACACGUCUUGAUUUAUCCGUCUGUCUGUCAGUGUGUGCAGGUGACUGACUGAUGAGGUCGAAGAACGAUUUGACGAAUGGCCACUCCUUGUACAUGGUCUUGAGCAUCUCGCCCUUGCCGCUCUCAAACACAUCGCGCAAAGCAGUACCCAGACCUACACCAGUUAGCCGCACAACACAUCCAUCCAUCCAUCCAUCCACCGAUCAUGCAGACGUUAGCCAUGUAUGCCUCACCGAGCCACACCGGCAGAUGGAAUCGCGUCUGGGUCCACGCGAAGAUCCACGGGAUCGCCCUGGUCCAUCCAUCCAUCGACACACAAUCAACCAACCAAGCAAUGAAGAAUGAAUGGGUCGGCAGCCAGCUCCUGGGCCUACUUACAGACCUGACUGACAGGCUGCUGGCUGACCUGAGUGUUUCGACGCCUCCCUGUUUUCUCUUGGCGGGUCGUGAGCCGAUGUUGAGUCGCCCCAGCUCCUGCUCGGGGGUGGCCGCGCGGAAGUACUCCACGAAACGCGGAUGCCCGUACACCACGUCGCGAUACUUGCUGCAUAUAGAUAGCAACCACACACAGACAUGGACAUGGGUACAGCGAUGUUUGUCUGCGGCCGUGCGUCCUACCUCAUGGAUACGUCAGAGAUGUGUUCCAUGAGGUCUCGCCACUCGUCGCGAAUCACACUGCGGGUCGACACCAAGUCGGCCUUCAACACUGUGCACACAUCACGCAUAGCAUACAUACACACCCAUCACACAUCAAUGUCCUGUGCUGUGCCGCAAUGAAUGAGCGUAUGUCGAUGUCGGAUGUCGGCUACCGACCGGCUGUGAGGUAUGCCUCGAGCGUCCGGUCCGUCAUGGCCUUGAGGCCAAAGGCCUGCUGAAUCACCUCACCCUGCACAUAUCAUCAUCAUUUAUUACACACAGAAAUGCACAACACCGUGAGCAGGUGUUUGUGUGUGGCCGGCAUGUAGGUACCUGAACGGUGACUCGCAGGUACCCGUUGAUGGUGUCGGAUGGCUGUGACAGGAUGGCGACGUGCUGCGGCCCCCCACCCCGCCCCACACUGCCGCCGCGACCAUGGAAGAACCGCAGGGUGACGUUGUGCGCCUUGGCCACAGACGUCACCGCCUCCUGAGCCUGACCGAACGAACCAACGCACCAACCGUCGACCCAUCCAUCCAUACAAAUCAUGACUGACUGCAUGACGGGCUGUGUCUGGAUGGUCUUCGUACCUUGAAGAGUUCCCAAGAGGAGGUCACCCUUCCUCCGUCUUUGCCCGAGUCGGAGUAUCCAAUCAUGACCUCCUGCACGUUGUUGUGUUUGUCGGACAGAUGCUUGCGGUACCACGAGGUGGUGAAGAGGGUCUCCAAGAUGUGAGGCGCACUCCUCAGCGCCUCGAUCGUCUCCAACAACGGCACCACUCGCUGCGUCAUGCCUCCCAUGCCAGCAUACUCGCGCUGGAACACCUGAAUGAAUCAUAAGAUAGAGGAAAGAAGUCGUCACACACAGCUAAGUAGAUUGGUGUGCCCGUCUGACUGACCUCGACAAGGAGCACAUCUGAUGGGUAGUGGCACAUGGAGAUGAUGUACGCCCCCAGAGACUCCCGGCCGAUGUCCGCACAGGUCCUGAACCCAACUCAGGCAGGCAGGCAGUCGAGGGCUGCCAUUGCCAGGUGCGUCAGUCUUCUGACUUACUGGAAAGUGUCCAGGACCUCCUGCACCUUGUCGCUGCACUGCCACUCGCGAGGGAUCAGCGGACGGCGGCUCUAAACGCAGCCAUGACAGUCAUGCACGACCGUGGUGCAGCCACCCACCCACCCGGCCAGCCCUCCCUCCCGACUCACCCACCUCGAGUAUGUUGACGAGUGUUUGCAUCUUCUCCUCCUCCGGGAGGCUCCUGUAUGAGCCCAUCCCGAUGUACUGGCCGACCUCCUCCAUGGCCUCGGUGUGGCGCUCCGACUCCUGACGCACAUCCAGCUUGAGCAGAGACAAACCAAACGCCAGCGCCAGACUGAACAGCACACAGACAUGGGGAGACGGACAACAGAAUGAGGGAGGGAGGGAGGGAGGGAGGGAAGGAGAUCGAUUGCGUGGUAUAUCUCUCUCUCUCUCUCCCUCGCCGCGUGUGUUGUGUUGUGUUGUGCAUACCGUAUGAGGUCGGUGAGGCGCCCCCUGGCGAUGAACCAGUCGCCGCACUUCUCCAGAGACUCGUACACCUUCAGCAGCGGCUCCACAAACUCCUCCGUCGUCCUGAACCACACACACCCAAUGACGACACUGCCGCACUCGGCGCAGACAGACCAGGGCGCUUCCUUGCUCACUUGUAGACGUAUUUCUCGAGCGUCUCGUUCUUGGGCUGGCCCUGCAGCAGAGCCUCGUGGUAGUCACGUGUCGCCUGCACACAUACACACCACAUCGACCGACCGACAAACCGACACGCAUGAGUGUCUCGAGCAUGUCUCGACGAUGGAGAAUGAAUGAAUCGCGUCAGCUGACUGACCAUGAGUCGGGACCGCACAUGGACGAGCACAUGGCGGUAGACCUCCUUCUCGGGCACCUGGCUGGUAAACGACCUGCACCACCCACACACCACACAUAGCCACAUAAUCCAUGCAUCGCAUCAAUCGGUGUACCGGCGCGUCAUGCAGGGGAGUGGGUCGUCGUCGGUUGCUUACUUGAAUCUGAGUGAGGGUUUCUUGUUCCUGGCUCCGAGCCCGUCGAGGGGAGGGAGGUUGACCAGGUAGUGCCACAACUCCUUGUCGCAGUAGUGCAAUGGUACGUCGUGCAGAAGCUGCUCUACCUGACCACAGUCACGCACACAGGAAUGAGCACACACAGGACAGCAACACGCAGGUACAUCCAGGAACUCGAUGGCCUCGCUGACAGGCUCACCUCGUUGAGGUACAGGUUACAUGCGCGGACUUUGUUCAUGAGGACCACGUUCAUCGUCACGUCAGCUGUCACAAACGGGUUGCCGUCGCGAUCGCCCCCAGCCCACGAGGAGAACAAAAACGGACUGACGGAACCAGACAACAAGGAAUGGAUGGAUCUACCGCCGUGCCGUGCGGUGCUUGGUCACCGAGCGGUGAAGGGUAUCGGCGGCUGCCCAAUCUUCUGCAGGUGGCUGUCAACGAUGCGCAAAAAUCUGCACCACACAACGACAACAACACCAUAUGCGGCAGGUCGACGUCCGGGUGCCUGUCCCUCCCUCCCUCCCUCCCUCCCUCCCUCCCCACCUUGGCAUUUCCUCCCACAGGGUGUCCUCGACGAUGUUGACUAUCUGCUGGGCCUCAUCGGACGGCGAGGGCUUCACGCGGCGCACCUCGUCUGUGCGCCACAGAGUCGCCAAGGCGCGCUUAGUCAUCUCGCGACACUGAUUGGUUGACGGGGGGGCACACAGCAAGGCGGCAGAUUGGUGUGUAUCGAGUGCAUGGGGAGGAAUGCUCUGCGCACCUCAGUCCACUCGAAUGGCGUGAUGUCUGGACGGUCGAGCUUGAUGAUGACGUCGGCGAUGCGACGCAAAUUGCGGAGGAUCGACAUGCGGACGGCCUGGGCAGACAGACAGACAGACAAAGCACACACAAUAGCCCAGAGAUUCACGCGUGCAGCGGCUGUGUUUGUUGGGUGGAUGUCGUCAGCUAUUCGUCCCCACCUGUGUGGGAUGAGCUGUGAAGACCAUUUCGAUGGUCUGCUCGCAAAGCCCCUUGUAGAUCUGCUCGGGCGUGAAGCCCAGCUUCUGCGACAUCAAACGAGGCACCACAAGUGCAACACUCUCCCUCCCUCCCUCCCUCCCUCAUUGGCUGACAAGUAGGUUUUCGAAAGUGCCCUCGAUGGUCUGGUCUGCAGCCUGGUAGUAGUGGCUCUCGUGCUCUCUGACAUACACACAUGACAACCGCACGCCACACACACCUACGUGCUGAGCACACCGGUUUGUUUGCCUACCGGUCGAAUGCGCGUCUGCGUCUGAUCCUGUGUGCGGCUUCGGCAUAGUUGGCUGCACCAACAGCACCACGGGCGAGGCGCAUGCGUGUGUGGCUGUGUGUGUUGGGUGCGGUGCCCACCGAGGUUGCACAUGUGGCUGAAAACGGACGCGAUGCAGACGAGCUGUUUGUCUGAGAGAGUGAGGAUGAACUUGCCCAGCUUCUCGAAAUCCUCCUCCUUCUGGCUGUUGUUGAAGUCCUCAGACAGGCGCCACACCUAGGUAGGGACACACAACACAAACCAAAGCACGCAGCACAGACCCAGACACAGAUCGAUGCAAUGCAUCCCUGCCUGCCUGCCCCCCUGUUGACAGAUGGACUGACCUCCAUGAUAGCCUUGAAGCUCUGUGGGUCGACGUACUUGCCAACCACGUCCAUGAGCUGCUUCCUGUGAGGACACAGACACGACAUACCGACACAGAACACACACAUUCAGACAGACAGAGAUGCCACAGCACACCGCCAACACGCAAACCGCCCUUCUCUCCUCCGAGCUUUUCCUCUCUGUCUGUCUGCCUAGCUGUCUGUCUGUCUGUCUGUCUGUCUGUUUGUCUGCAUGUCUGCCUGCCUGUCUGUCUGUCUGUCUGUCUGUCUGUGGAUCAUCCCCCCGCACCACUACACCACACAGCCCCCACCAGCCGCCACCCAGACCCACUUGAUCUCGUGUAUGUCCUCGAUGAGUGGCGUUAUGAAUUCGAUGUGGUGCAGAUCGCUCGCGAGAUGGUCAACGGCGUCAGCCUGCCAGGAGCCCAGGCGUGACUUCCAGGUCCCCUCGACGCCAUCCAUCUCCCUCGACAUGGCUCGGGGCGGCGGCACGGGGAUGAUCUCCGACGAGCUGCUGGUGGAGUAGGCUGGCGAGAUGGUGUGAUUGAGCUUCGAGAGGGGCGACAGCUGGCGCUGGAAGCCCGUGCUCAUCACACACCCUGACGCCCGACGGACAGAAUGCGCCAAAGCGCCACAAAGCACCUGCUCUGCUAAUUGAUCACUGCCCAAAACGCAGAUCUUCCCGUGGGCGAUGAGAUCUG